GCAGACAGACAGAUAGUAAAGAGCCGUGGAGCCAUGAGAUGAACCUAGACACGGACAGACAAGGAGAGAGAGAGAGAGUGAAAGAUCUGUGCUCUAAUAAUAUCCUCCACUGACAGAUUAGAGAUACAGAGACUCUCUGGGUUAAAUAAGGGAGCACAUCUCUAUUCUGUUAUCAAUUAUCAGAUUGAGGACAACACAAUACAAACACACUGUAAGUUGCCAAGAUGCCUGAACAAGGGCAAGAGAGGAAAUCCAAGAUCUCAGCCUCAAGAAAGCUUAUGCUAAAGAGUCUGAUGGUGGCCAAAGCCAAGGAGGAGCUGGAUCAGGAGGUGUUGGAUAAAGAGGAGGAGAAGCAGAGGUAUCUGAUGGAGAAAGUUCCUCCUCUGCAGACACAGGGCAUGUCAUUCGCUGAGCUUCAGGAACUCUGUCAAGAGCUUCAUGCUAAGAUUGAUGUGGUGGAUGAGGAGCGCUAUGAUAUUGAAGCCAAAGUCUCACUGAAUAAGCGUGAGAAGAGGCCAGUUGAGGACAGCGACUGGAGGAAGAACGUGGAGGCCAUGUCUGGUAUGGAAGGAAGAAAGAAGAUGUUCGAUGCAGCAAAAGGCCCCACCCAGUGA